AUGUUUCGUCGUGCCGCCGUCGAACAUCUGCUCCAGAAUCUCUUUCUACCUCUUUUGAUAUUCUUAAAAUUCUCGGAUUGCUCAUCCGAACACGAAUGCAAAUGUGUUCUAUUCAAUUUCACUAGUGGAAACUUUCAAUCGCCUGAAUUUCCGGCACCGUUGGAAGGCGUACCAUGUCUUUUUUAUCAUUUUCAGGCACCACCGGACCACAUCGUUCGUCUAACUUUUGAUGUCUUUCAAUUACCACCACGGAUUGGAGUUUGCUCGUCGUCAAUUAUGCUCUACGACCAUACAAUAGACGGGUUGAUCGAAUUCGGCGAAAGAGCCGAUUUCGAAUUUUGUGGCAAAGAAAUCUCGUCUGGACGACAAUUCUUUUCAAAAGAGCAGCACUUUCUUCUACAAAUUACGAGUGCCAAGGAGGCGUCGCGCGGAUUUCGGGGAUCGUUUUUGGCGAUUCCAAAGAAAAAUUUCACAAGUGAUGCCGUGGAAAUGGCAGAGUGUAGUUAUCGAGUUGAGAAACAAAAGGCCAUCAUUUAUUCUCCCCAAUAUCCCUACUACUAUCCAUCAAAAGUCAACUGCACCUAUCAUAUUCCACAAAGAAAAGGGUUUCAGAUUGUCAUCAACUCGAUCGUAAUGGACAUUGGCCGUGACGCGAUCCUUCAAAUUUUUGAAUCUGUCGAGGGUAAAUUCGAGAAGCGUCUCAUCGAAAUGGUGACGUCUGUGCAGAAAUCAAUUUACGUCUCGUCGACCUCCUCGCUUUUGAUUUAUUUCUCCGCCGGGAAUAACGAUGUUGAACGGGCUGUUGGCUUCGUAAUCGAAUUGCAGUACUCGAAUGCGGUUUGGAGCCAAUCUCCGGAAGCCGCGUCCGAGUGUCAGCUGAACGUGAAUUCGGAAAAUUUCAAAGAAGGACAACUGUCAUCGGAUAAAAUCGGUCGAUACGCAUCUUCAUCGCUACCCACAAAGUGUCAAAUCGUUCUACAAGGGUAUCCCAACGAGAAGAUCAGUGUAAAGUUUACACAUUUCAAUUUGUAUGUGCCGGAUAAUAAGAAUGUCACAAAACGUUGCACAGAAGUGGACAACUUGUCAGCAGAUGUUCGUGUCGGGUCUAGGCUCUCUAGAAUCGAUGAAUGGUGUGGAAAACGGACGCCGCCGAAUAUAAUGAGCAGUUCUAAUCUGUUGCAGCUCGAAUAUAAUACAAAGUCCUCCAAAGCGAUUCGGGAGAGCGCCAACGACGACAUUGGAUUCCGGCUGGAAUACAAAUUUCAUACUGAUUGGAAUAUGGGAAAUAUGAAAGCGAAGGUGGAUAAGAGGAAAGAAUGUCGCUUCUCGUUUAACUCAUCAGAACACACAAAUGGAAAACUUUGGUCCGCGAAUUAUCCAGGAUUAUAUCCCAGAAAUGUGUAUUGUGAAUAUAUAUUCCAUGGACGAAACGAUCAAGUUGUACAUAUUCAUUUUGAAUAUUUUGAUAUUGAGGGUUUCAAUCAAUGCGACGAAACAACCCAAAGUGACUACAUCCUCUUCUCCAACUACCAAACCCACGAUCGAACGAAUCGUCGAUUCUGUGGAAAGACCGCUCCAAAGGGACCAAUUCUCUCGGAAUCCAAUUAUUUUCGAAUGAUUUUUUCAACGAACGACAUCUUCGAUGCAACUGGAUUCUAUGCUCAUUAUCAGUUUAUCACUCAAGAGAAAUCUCAAAUCAGUCGGGUUAAAUUAACGAUAUCUUCUAGUCAAACUCCGUUCUCCGCAAUCUUCUUUGUGAUAUUAUUUUCUCUGUUUUUCAUUAUUUUUUAG